AUGUCAUCUACCACAUCCGAGGUCGUGCGGGCUCCGGUUGAGGCCAAGCCGGAGCUCAUUGUGAUCUUCAAGACCACUCCGGUCGCCAAGGUGACGGGCCGUGGGCUUGUAGCAUCGAGCGAGGACGUCAGCUCGGUCAAUGAAGUCCUGAGCCGCCACAACGCCUCUCUGAAGCUCCUCUUCGGCCAGGACGAGGCGCGGCUCCAGGCCCAACAGGCCGAGGUCGUUGCCGCCGCGGCCACAAUCGCCCCCGCCCUCUACGGCGCCGGCGAGGACGACGACGAGCAGCACGAGGCCGACAUCGUGGCGCCCGCCGCCCUGGCCGCGGCGUCGCUGCCCGAUCUCUCGUCCUUCUACACGCUGGACGGCGAGGUCGAGGACCCGGAGGCGCUCGCGGCCGAGCUGCUCCAGCAGGAGCUGGUCGACGCCGCCUACGUCACGCCCCCGGCGGCGCCGCCGCUGUUCCUCAACGUCGAGCGCGAGGACGGCGGCCCGCCAAGCGACACCGAGGCGCCGCCGGUGACGCCCAACUUCCAGUCGCGGCAGGGCUUCCUCGGCGCGGCUCCGGGCGGCAUCGAGGCGCUGUGGGCGCGCACGCAGCCGGGCGGCAAGGGCGACGGCAUCCGCAUCGCCGACGUCGAGUGGGGCUGGCGCUUCACGCACGAGGACCUGCGGCAGCAGCUCGGCGGGCUGCUGGCCGGGUCCAACAGCACCGAUACGGGCUUCGUCAACCACGGCACCGCCGUGGCCGGCGUCGUGGGCGGCGACGAGAACGCCAUCGGGGUCCUGGGCAUCGCGCCCAACGCGCCCUUCUACACGUCGUCGCUGGUCGACCAGAGCACGUCGGCGGCCAUCAAGGCCGCGGCGGACCGGCUGAGGGCCGGCGACGUCAUGCUCCUCGAGGUGCACCGGUCGGGCCCGCAGGCACCGAACCCGGCGCAGGGCCAAAAGGGAUACAUCGCCAUCGAGUGGUGGCCGCAGGACCUGGCGGCGAUCCAGUACGCCGUGGCCAAGGGCAUCGUCGUGGUCGAGGCGGCCGGCAACGGCUCCGUCAACCUCAACGACCCCAUCUACGACAGGCCGCAGGCCGGCUGGCCGUCGACGUGGCGCAACCCGUUCCGCACCACCAACCCGACGUCGGGCGCCGUCAUAGUCGGGGCCGGGGCGCCGCCGCCGGGCACGCACGGGCGCAACUGGGGGCCGGAUCGGUCGCGGCUCGACUUCUCCAACCACGGGCUCCGGGUGGACGCACAGGGCUGGGGCCAGGAGGUGACGACGACGGGCUACGGGUCGCUCCAGGGCGGCGUGUCGCAGGACAUCUGGUACACCGACACCUUCAACGGCACGUCGAGCGCGUCGCCCAUCGUGACGGGCGCGGUGCUGAGCGCGCAGGGCUCGCGGCGGGCGCGCGGGAAGCGCCUGCUCACGUCGCACGAGUUCCGCUCGCUCCUCCGCGCUACCGGCUCCCCCCAGCAGGCCAGCCCCCAGGCGCCCGUUUCGCAGCGUAUCGGCAACAGGCCGAACCUGCGGCAGCUGAUCCCGGCGGCGCUGGCGCGUCCCUAG